CCGGCGCGGCGCGGCCCGGCGCGGAGCGGAGCGGCGCGGCUCGCUGCAUGCGGGCGUCGCGCCCCGCUCCGCGCUCGCCGGGGCCCCCGGGGCCGCCCAGGCCGCGCCGCGCCGCGCCCGGGACAUGCGGCCGCCCCCGCCGCCGAGGAGGCGAUGAGGCUCCGCAGCGGCACGGCGCUCACGCUGCUGCUCGGCUGCCUCUGCGCCCUGCUCUCGCUCUCCUGGUACGGCGCCUUCGGCGGGCACAAAGGUGACGUCGUGGAUAUCUAUCAGCGGGAGUUCCUGGCGCUCAGAGACCGCCUGCACGCCGCCGAGCAGGAGAGCCUCAAGCGCUCCAAGGAGCUCAACCUGGUCCUGGAGGAGAUCAAGAGAGCCAUCUCCGAGAAACAGGCCCUGCGGGAUAUAAACCGGACCUGGAGCAGCUUAUCUGACGAAACCAAGUUAAAACUGUGGAAUAUCACCAACAAGAAUGUGCUGCACCUUCCCACCAUCUUCCAUCAUUUGCCACAUUUGCUGUCAAAGGAGAACAGUCUGCAGCCAGCCGUGCAUGUAGGACAGGGGCGCACUGGAGUGUCCGUCGUGAUGGGAAUCCCCAGCGUGAAGCGGGAGGUGCAUUCCUACCUUACAGAUACCCUCAACUCCCUCAUCUCAGAGCUCACACAGCAGGAGAAGGAAGACUCCGUCAUUGUCGUCCUCAUCGCCGAGACAGAUGCACAGUACACAACUGGAGUGGCAGAAAAUAUCAAAACCUUGUUCCCAAGGGAAAUCCACUCAGGUCUGCUGGAGGUAAUUUCCCCGUCUCCGCAUUUCUACCCUGAUUUCUCCCACCUACGGGAAUCCUUUGGGGACCCCAAAGAAAGAGUCAGGUGGAGGACUAAGCAGAACCUGGACUACUGCUUCUUGAUGAUGUACGCCCAGUCCAAAGGCAUUUACUACGUGCAGCUGGAGGAUGAUAUUGUGGCCAAACCAAACUAUCUCAGUACAAUGAAGAACUUUGCCCUGCAGCAGCCCUCCGAGGAGUGGAUGAUCCUGGAGUUUUCUCAGCUCGGGUUUAUUGGAAAGAUGUUCAAGUCGCUGGAUCUCAGCUUGAUUGUGGAGUUCAUCCUCAUGUUCUAUAAGGACAAGCCCAUCGACUGGCUUCUGGAUCACAUCCUUUGGGUGAAAGUCUGCAACCCUGAGAAAGACGCAAAACACUGCGACAGGCAGAAGGCAAACCUGAGGAUCCGGUUCAAGCCCUCGCUCUUCCAGCACGUGGGAACCCACUCCUCCUUGGCUGGGAAGAUACAGAAGCUGAAAGACAAAGACUUUGGAAAGCAGGCACUGCGGAAAGAGCAUGUCAACCCUCCUGCAGAGGUGAGCACCAGCCUGAAAACCUACCAGCACUUCACCUUGGAGAAGGCUUACCUGCGAGAGGACUUCUUCUGGGCCUUCACUCCCACUGCAGGAGACUUCAUCAGAUUCAGAUUCUUCAAACCGCUCCGUAUCGAAAGGUUCUUCUUCCGCAGCGGGAACAUCGAGCACCCAGAAGACAAACUCUUCAAUACGACUGUGGAGGUUUUGCCAUUUGAUAGCCUCCAGUCGGAUAAGGAAGCCUUGCAGGAGGGACGAGGCACAGCCUUCAAAUACCGCAGGACGUCAGACGGCUACAUACAGAUAGGCUCCUUCUCCAAGGGCGUUGCGGAGGGCGAAGUCGACCCCUCGUUUGGGCCCCUGGAGGCGAUCAGGCUGGCCAUCCAGACGGACUCCCCGGUGUGGAUCAUCCUGAGCGAGAUUUUUAUCAAAAAAGCGGAGUGAAAGGGCCGUGACGAAGAGUGGACACAUGUAGCUCCCUGGUCCUUCUCCCACCCCUCCCUCGCUGUCCUCCCCCGGGUCUGCCGCAGCCGGGGCUCGGCCGCAGGAGCGCAGCGCCUCGCCGCCUGCUCCGAGCUGAGCCGGGGGGCCGCGGUCCCAGUGCGGCACAGUGGGAGAAACGUGCUGACGCGCAGGCACUGCACCAACCUCAGCAACCUGGCAGCGAGGCCAGCGUGGGGCAACCGCCUGCAACUGCUGGGGCCGGCCAGACCUUCCUCUGGAAGAAGAGCAGAAGAAAAGAAAACAAACCAACCCCACGACCCAGUGCAAAGGUUUGGGUUUGCUCCCCUAGGCCAGGCCCAGGCUCUCCCUCAUCCCCGCGUGGGUGCAUCACUGACGGAUGCCGCUCAGGGCACGCCGGGUGGUUUGGCGUUGGGAGGAAUUUUAGCAAGCGUGGAGACUGAAAGCACCUUGAGCCCAGGAAAGGGCAGCUCUGGGGGCUGGCAGGGGCCCUGGUAAUGCUUAAUCCCGUUGCCUGACCCCUGCUUUGCAGGCUGCUGCGCGGGGCAUUGCCGCAGUGAAGGCAGUCACACCACGGGUGAAGCCAGGGGAAAGCCUGACCCUCCUGGGGGGUGGAGGAGUAAUGAACCCGAAAGGGGGGGGGCGGGGGGGUUGGCGCUAUGAGUAUGGCAGGGAAAAAAAAAAAAAAGAAAAGAAAAAGAAAAAAAAGCCACACUGUGCCUGCCAGCAUUGAACACAGCCCCUUAACUCAUGGUGAAGUCUCCAGUGUCUUCAUGCCUUGAGAUCGAGUGCAGAAUCCAUCUUUUUAAAUAACUAUUUCAGUUAUGGAUUGGUGUGCAUUUUUGGAAAAAAAGAGAAAAAAAAGAAAAAAAAAAGAGAAAAAGUAGUCCAGUUCCAAAAUAGUAGGGAAUAGUGUAAUAUUUCAGAACAACUUUCUGAAAUCCCGAUGUCUCUUCAGCUAUACACUGGAAUGCAUUAUACUACUUUAACGUGCUGUAUUUUUUAUUAUUGGAUACAUUUGAUUUUUCAAGUACAUCUCUAUAUAUAAAUAUAUAAAACAAUGUGCACUGUAAUAAAAGCUAAAUUUAAACCUUU